ACAAAUUACGGGUCACACGGAAACACAAGCUAAUAAGGAAACAACCGUGUUUUAUGUCACGGGUCACAAGAGAUCCCGUAAACAGUGCAGCUACGGUAGACAAGCGACGUUACUGGUGGUAGGAGAAACGCAGAGUAAAUUUAAAUAGCAGCCAUCAAGGAUAACGUAAGUGGUAACACAGUUUAUAUGUUUGCUUGACAUCAGCAUGUCCCCAUGAAGCUAUUGUUACACCAUGUUGCAAUGGAGCGCCUGGACCCUCCCAUUGGCUGAGACUGCUUUAUUUUGGUGCAUGAUAACCUUGUCUUUAUCAUUUCUGCUGGUACUUCUCAUUUCACUCUGUGUGUUGGACAGGAAGAGAGGCCAGUUAGAUCAGGGUCAAGCAAAUUUCUUUGCGCUUGAGCGAUACCAGUCCUCAUUCGGUGUGGAUGAUGAAAAAGUUGAUCUCCAUGGUAACAAGGCACCACAAGGAUUGGAGGCUCUACAUCAUGCUUUUGUGAGAAAGCUUCUUCCAAUUGGGCCGGAGACUAAGUGGAGCCUAACCGGCGUUUAUCAAGAGUUGCGAUUGUGGAAACAAGUUUUGAACGAUGAGGCAGCAUCUGGACGCAUUCACUACCUCUAUGGCUGCUCUUCUGCAAUUUCGGCAUCUCCAGAGGACGUAAUGGAUACCCUUCAAGAUGUGAACCAAACGGUGGAAUGGGAUUCACAAGUGUUGGAAGUCGACCAGGUUAGCAUGCCCACAUGCACUGGUCUCGACUUGGACCACUCUGUCAUGACAGAUGUCGUCACUGAGACGCUCAAGAGUCCAGGAACCCUCCGGCUGUUUCUGUCUAAGCUCAAGUUUCUCAUCAAAGUACCGUAUCUUUUCCUAACUGGUAAAACGAUUCAGCUAGAGGAAAUACGGUCGAAUAGAAUCGCAAGGACAUGGCAAAAAGAGCACGACGGCUGUUGCUGGAUGUUUUGCAAGAAAGUCAACAAAGGCAUCGUUCUUGAAAGCCUUCCAGAUAUUUGGACAUAUUUCUAUAUUCGACCGAUUCUAGGAGAUGAUGGUGGUUCCAUUCUUCACUACAUUCUAUGCAUAGAGUCAGAUUUAAGUGAAACACCUGAAAUAGUUGCAUCGAGGGUGGCUGCUAUCAAGCACUACUUCACAUUAAAGAAAUUAUCACUCCCGCCGCUCAAACGCAAAUCACUGAAGCAUGUGACGGAGGGAUUUGGUAGCAGCAGCAAGCAGGCAACGUCUGUAAUCUCUGUCACAGAAAGUAGUCCUGAUAUUUUCCAAGCUGGGAAUACCGAGUCGCAAGCAUUAGGUAGCUCACCGAGCCAUGAUGCUUCAUGUAGUAGCAAACCCGUUGUUGGACAAGGAGAUGAUGCUCAAGUAUCGUGGACUUGGGACUCUUCAAGCGAUGAUACCGGAUUUCAGAGUGAUGGUAUGCCAGCUCCUGUUAGAAGAAAGAACAAAGCACAUAAAGCCAGUAAACAAAAUCUAAGCAGCUUUGGAAGAGGACGAUUCAUGAGCUCAGGUGAGAAUGUUGACUAUCGUACUUUAGCAAACCACAGUGCUGGAGAAGUUCUAGAAGAAGCACUAAAAGCUGGUGUUAUCAAUGUCAACACGAGUGAGUCUGAUCAACAGCUGCAAACAGGAGGGUGGACAUUUCAACGCCUAGAAAAAGAUGUGGUGAUAUUGAAAAAGAAAGAAAGAGGAUCUCGUUUCUACAGCUUCUUAGGCAAAGGCUUGAUCAGAGCAUCACCAGAAAGUGUUUUCAAAGCAGUAAAAAAUCCCAGAACAAGAUUCAUCUAUGACAACAUGUUAAAAAAAAUGAACAUUGUACGUGAUCUCGGGAAUGACCUUCUCAUCUAUAACAUGGUGCACGAGGUUCCGCAGAUAAUCCGCAAGGAAAGUCGAGACUUUUGUUUACUGCAGACUAGUAGAACAGAUGGUCAGAGGCACAUUGUUGCUGCACGGUCUGUCGAUUGGCCAGAGUGUCCCCCUAGCAAAGACGGAGUCGUCCGAUCAAAGAUACUUCCAAGCGGUUGGGUGAUUGAACCGGUCCUAAAGAAGAAUGAAGUGAACUCUGUCGUCACAUACAUUGUUCAAAUUGAUGUUGGUGGCAAAGACGUACCCCAGAGUUUUUUGCAGUUCCUGUCUCGCAGAAUCCCCCUCAGUGUCGCGUAUUUGAGGCUUUUCUUGGAAGCGGAAUUGCCAUAGUUCAGUUUUAUGUGCCCAAUUCUUUUUUGACAGCUGGAGAAGGUAAAUUUUAAACCUGUGCUCUUGUCAUUUACAAGCAUCCACCAGCUUUUAAACAAGUUAUCUUUUUGACAAAAAAGUCGCAUUGUAAACAGUACCUGUACUUUGUUACAAUGUUCAUUUUAAUGCUUAGUAAUAAGAAGGAAAUCAGCACUUUCUAUACCAAAUAUUAUAAUAGUACAGUAUUAUUAUUUAUAUGUUGAUUCCAGUAAAAGCUCUAAUGAAGUAAAAGCAAUAGGCAAUGAUUGAUUUUAUUUAAUGUAGUGGAGACUGUUAUUAUCUGAGCUGAAUAAUUUCAUCUCAAGAAUCUAAGGCUAUGUUCAGACUUGGAUAUAAGCCAAGCUUGAGUUAAGCCCGGCUUAACUUUGUCGGGCGUUCAGACUAGCGGGAUUAGCCAGGAGGCACAGGACAUUUGUUUGGCUUGGUUUCUUGCUGUCUUAAGUCCAAUCCAGACUAUCAAAUUUUGAGUAAAUAUGGUCAUGAAAACAUCAUAUCUUGACCAUAUAUAGGCAUAUCAUGACUAUAUACGGGUUGUACAUCAGUUAUUUUUUCAAAAAAAUGUUGAUAGUUCACUUUGAAGUUCUGAUGAUACAGGUUUGACAUUACAGAACACACAUUUUUUUUUAAAUAAAGAAGCAUUUAUCCUCACCAGGAUAUGAGGCCAAAAUGGCAGUGGCAUAUCUAGUGGGGUGCACACCCCUCCAAAAAUUACUCGCCCCCACCCCCCAAAAAAAAUCACGGUCAAGUAUUUGAAAAAUCACCUUAUUUUGCAAAUUCGCGCACCCCGCUCCCCCGUUAGCACGCCCAUUUCAAGACUUCUAGAUACGCCACUGCAAAAUCCCCCUAUAACCAUCGUUUUGACAAACCUGAUAUAAGGCCAAAUUACUCCUGUCUCCCCAAUUUAGAAACUCUACUAUGUUAUAGCCUACACUGUGUUUUAACCCAUCUAAGAUCUGAUAGCUGGCAGUAGAAAUAAUAAUUUCAUGGCAAUAUCAUUUGUGUACACUUUUUUGCUUCACAUAUGUUAAUAGAUAAACAAAUAUUUCUUUUUUUGGAUACCAAAUCAAUCUGGGGACAUUGUUCUUCCUUUGAGUCCAGAUGCACACAGGAUUUUCAUGUGUAAUAUAAGUGCAAUUUUUAGUACAGUAUUUUAUAUAAUGCAUAUGCCUACUGCAUGUUAAAAGGUUUUUAAUGGUACUAUAUAUUGUUCUACAAAGUGCAGCUUAUACUAGUUAUAAACAGUAAUUUUAUAAUGGAAUUUAAUUCUAGUAGGUCCGAGUGGAAAGUUUGAUAAAAAGACAAGUAGACAUACCUGUAUAGAUUUACUAAUCUAGUGUAUAAUGUAAGAAUAAUGAGAUGCACUUUCAUUGCCAGUCUACUGCUCAGAAUAAUGUUUAUUUUGUCAAUUUUUAGAUAAUAAAGUUUAUCAAUCAGUAUCAAUGCA